UCUCCGGCUGCUUCAGGGGCUCCCGUUUCUCCCCAUUCUUAUAACUGCUCCAGUGUCUGCUUCUCUCCCUCCCCAACCCCUGGUCUCCUUAGUCCAGGGGUGCUCAGAUUGUCAGUAGAAAAGAUGCAGGCCCUUGAGCACCAUCCUGGGACCAAUCCCUUGGCAGGAAUCCUUGUUGUUGGGUGGGAGCCAGUACUGAGAAGACCGAGCUGCCCCCUAGGGCACCAUGGUGAUAGUUUGUAGAGACAGAGAAUACCGUGGUGCCUAGCACCUGCCAGGCACUUUCCAGUCACUCCCUGCCUCAUGCAGUGAGAACAUUUUUUGUCUCUUCCACUGCACUAAUGGCUUUUUUUCUCCACCCCCGGAUCUUGCUGUAUCCGCUUCUAACUAGGAGGCUUAGUAGACACCUCUAACUAGUAGAUAUCUGCCCAAUUUUUAAACCAUAGGGUUGUGUUCUUCAGAUGCAUGCGCAGAUGAGCAUACAACAGAAGGAAUGACUGUGAACACUCCAGCACUCGGUUUCAGAAGCAAGAAAAUUCUGGCUCCCAUGGUGCGGGUUGGAACAUUACCCAUGCGUCUUUUGGCUUUGGAUUUUGGUGCUGAUAUUGUAUACUGUGAGGAGCUGAUUGACAUAAAGAUGGUGCAGUGCAAAAGAGUUGUAAAUGAGGUGCUUGAAACAGUGGACUUUGUAGCUCCGAACGAAAGAGUUGUUUUCAGAACCUGUGUGAGAGAGAGAGAUUGUGUUGUCUUUCAAAUGGGAUCAGCAGAUGCUGAGAGAGCCUUGGCUGUAGCCAAGCUUGUAGAGAAUGAUGUAGCUGGGAUUGAUAUCAACAUGGGCUGUCCAAAAGAAUAUUCUACUAAGGGAGGUAUGGGAGCAGCGCUGCUGUCUGAUCCUGACAAAAUUGAGUGUAUUCUGAGUACCUUGGUUAAAGGAAUUUGUAAACCAGUGACCUGCAAAAUCCGAAUCUUGCCUUCGCUUGAAGACACUAUAAGCCUGGUGAAGAGGAUAGAAAAGACUGGUGUUGCUGCCAUUGCAGUCCAUGGAAGGAAGAAGGAGGAGAGGCCUCAACAUCCUGUCCACUGUGAAGUGAUCAAAGCCAUCUGUGAGGCAGUCUCUGUUCCUGUAAUAGCAAAUGGAGGAUCCCAUGACUUCAUCAAAGAAUUUACUGACAUUGAAACCUUCCAACAAGCAGCAGGUGCUUCAUCGGUAAUGAUAGCUCGUGCUGCCAUGUGGAACCCAUCCAUCUUCAGAAGAAAAGGCCUUUGUCCCUUGAGGGAAGUCAUGCAAGAAUACAUCAAAUACGCAGUGAGAUAUGAUAAUCACUAUACCAACACAAAGUACUGUCUGUGUCAGAUGUUAAGAGAACAGUUAGAAACCACAGAGGGAAAGAAACUGCAUGCUGCACAGUCAACUCAAGAAAUCUGUGAAGUCUUUGAAAUGGGCAGUUUCUACGAAGAAACAACAGCUAUUCUGGAAGCUAAGAAGGCAUCAUUAAAGGCCAAGACACAAGAGGAAGAUGAGCAGAUGGAAGACACAGAUGUGAUAAAAAUGGCUAUUAGAUUUGACAAGCGAGAAUAUCCACCACAGAUUACUCCCAAAAUGUAUCUCUUGGAAUGGUGUAGGAAGGCGAAGCACCCUCAACCUGUUUAUGAAACUGUUCAAAGACCAUUAGAUAAAUUAUUCUGUUCAGUUGUCACAGUAGCUGAACAAAAAUAUAGAUCAACCUUAUGGGACAAGUCAAAGAAGCUAGCAGAACAGGCUGCAGCUAUAGUCUGUCUUAGGACGCUGGGUCUCCCAGAGGGGAAGCUUAACGAGGGAGAAAACCACCUGAUUAACAAACGCAAGAGAGAGAACCAGGAGUUCUUGAACAACAAAGAACAUGAAGAUGACCUACUUGUUGAGGCUUCGCAUAAAAGAGCUCAUUUUACUGAGGGAGCUUCUGACUCCAGCUCUGAGGUGCCACGAUAGCAUGAAAAGCUUAUGCUCAAAUAAAUUUGUUAAUCUGUAUUUGCAAAAAGAAAAGGAAUACUUGUGGCACCUUAGAGACUAACACGGCUGCUACUUUGAAAUCUGAUUCCACAACUGUGUAGCUACCGAUGCACUUGCUUUUCUAUAUCCUGCUGUUAUAUUUCAUCUAAAGUCUGUCAGUCGGAGACAAGUAAACUCUGCCCGAUUAUGAAAACCUACUGGACUGGGUAAAUGUUUUUUGUGUUUUGCUUUGGUGCCUUUCAAACAGGAUACAUUAGCAGCCUGGUUUUUAAAUAAGAAUGAGAAGAUGAUCCCAACAUUAAAUUCUGUUUCAAUAGCAAACUAUUUUCAGUUUAGCUUUUGAGGUUCUGAGUUUUUUGUUUAGUAUAUUUUAUAAGUAGAAAGAAGAGUUUUAAACACACACGAGAGAGGUUCUUAAUAGAUUGUUUCCAACUGUUGGAGUUUUGGUGUAGUUUCCAUUAACAGGGAUAAGUAUGUUAGAAGUUGUCAGCUCUUGUCUGAAACAAAGUUAUAGCAGGUUGUGUCAUGAUCCCUAAAGUACUUUGUAUGAAGAAAAUAUUCAGAACAUAAUUCAUUGUUGAUGAACUAUAUCAAAGUGGCUUCCCUGUUUAAAAAUAAUAUACACCUUUAUUUUAAAUGGAAGUGUCUUCGCUAAACCAUUGUUUUCUAACGGAACAGCAAUAUCUAACUGGGAUUAUGUGUAGAGUUUUUAAAAGAUGUACAUGCAUAUUAAAGUGACUGUUACUCAAAUCUCUGAAUUUUUAAUAAAUCUGCAUAGUUUGCAUUUAACUGAAAAAAAUUGCAAUUCGUUUCCUACUUUGUAGACUACAAUUAAAAAAAAACAGUUUUAAAAGCUGCUUUCAGAACUUAUUGUUCCAGUUUCCCACAAUGGUUUUAGUCACAGAACACUUACUUCAGAGCAGUGACAGAAAUUGUAGUCUAGUUAACAAGCCAUAAACUUCAGGAAUAAUCCUUUCCCCACUGAGAUUCAUGUCUGGGCAGGAGCUUUUGUCAAGGCCGUUUUUAGACCAUCAUGAGGAAUGGUCAUGCAAAUACUAUACCAGAAUCUGGUUCAUUCCCUGAGUUUUCCUGGCAGAAUGCAGGUUGCAAGGCCCAGUGAUAAGAAGCAGCGCAAGUUGUCUGCAAUCCAGCUCUGCUGGACAGGUCAGAAUUGAGCAGUGCAUCCCCAGUUCUGAGAGAAGGCCUAACUAGGGAACCUGGGAGAUCCACUGGAGCUCUUCUGGAUCACCAUCCAGAGUUUCCUGGCAGAAACUGGCCAGGCAUAUUGCGGAAUCACCAUCUAUGCUACUGCAGAGGAAACUGCCUCAAUGGAAGUUUUAAAUUGCAAAUCCUGCACCUCUGGGAGGAAGUUUAUUAACCCCAAGUCUGACCAAAACUCGAAUUUCUUGAUUCUCUUAGUUUAAAUAAAGCUGUGUCCUGGA